AUGAAACCCUUCUGGGACUGCAAAGAAGAGGAGAUUGCUUGCAUCAAUCUCCAGAGAUUGUUGGAUCAUCUCAUGUGCCCACAAACCAGCCAUGGCUCCUUCCAUCGUGUCAACUUGGAGGGAAGGAAUGUCGGGGCUUCGAUGGUCAUGCGUCGUGGAGCUUCAGAUGAGUCCCCAGAUAGUGAGAGUUGCAGUAUUAACAUCUACAUAAACAACAACGUCCAAGGGGUCAACAACUCAGCUUUGCUUGGGAGUCAGGUGAAAAUGGGAGACCCUGGUGUUUACUUGACUUUCAGAGGUGUGAAAUUCAAUGAGGAUUCUCGGGAAACAAACAAGAGGAAUGGAGAGAGCAAUGAGAAGGGAUUGAGUGCUAAACUAGGAUUUUGUGGGAAAUUUUUACUUGUAUUUAUUUCUUUUCUGCUGUUGCUGUGUUUCCUCUAG